AUGGUUAAGAGCACAAUAGAAAAUGAGGGUGCAUUUGUCGUUAACAUCUUCAUCCAAAAGGUCUUGCGUGACGCUGAGAUAAACAUAAAUGUAAAGGGAAUUGAGAUGGUUGAAGUUGGAGGUCUAAGGAAGUACACACAUGUCCUGUUGUUUCAAGCUUUUGACUUGAAAAUGCGGAUGACUGCGUAUUGGAAUAUUGUGCUGAGAAGGUUGAUUGAUAUCAUGGGUUUGCAUUUGCAGCUGAGUGUCUCAAACCUUGUGAACAAGGGCCUGGAGAUGGAGAUUAUGAAUGAGCUACUGGGACCUAACCAUGGUGGUGGGAUUGAGAGGAUGCUGGAGGAACCUCCAUCAAUGGCAGUGAAGCGCCAGAAGCUCAGCAAGAGCAUCAAAAAGCUCAAGGAGUCUAAAGAGGUUGUGUGUAAGAUCAUGGACGACAGGUUUACUCACACCGAUUACCUUGUGUGA